AACGGUCGGUGCUGCUGUGGUUAACAUUACUGAGCCGCCGGUAUGAAUGUAAAUUGAGGAUUUCCACCGCAGCCGGCCGAACAUUACACGCCUGAUUGAGUUUAGCUGGUUUGUAAGAAUACACGACGUUCAAUUCGCUGCGGAUCGAUUUAAAUAGAAAGCGGUUAUGUUUAAACUUAUUGGAUAGCUUAGCAAAAACAAAGCUGGUUUUACUGUACAGAGAGCUGUUACUCGGCGGAUUGUAGCUCUGCCGGCUCUCGUCUAAUAGUGACGCGUCUCGGUCUCGGUCUGAACUAUCUUUAGUACCGUAGGAACCGUGCCGGCGAACCCGCAUUAUGGAGAACGCUCACACCAAAACGGUGGAGGAGGUUUACAGCUAUUUCAGCGUGAAUGAAAGCACCGGGCUGGGCACCGACCAGGUCAAGCGGCAGCGAGAGAAAUGGGGACCGAACGAAUUACCAGCAGAAGAAGGGAAAUCACUCUGGGUGCUGGUGGUCGAACAGUUUGAGGAUCUGUUAGUCAGGAUUCUUCUUCUUGCAGCGUGUAUAUCUUUUGUACUGGCCUGGUUUGAAGAAGGAGAGGAGACCAUUACGGCUUUUGUUGAACCUUUUGUAAUAUUACUAAUUCUUAUAGCCAAUGCCAUCGUAGGCGUCUGGCAGGAACGAAAUGCUGAAAAUGCCAUCGAAGCCCUCAAGGAGUACGAGCCCGAGAUGGGCAAAGUGUAUCGGCAGGACAGGAAAAGCGUGCAGCGGAUUAAGGCCAGAGACAUUGUGCCGGGGGACAUCGUUGAAGUCGCCGUGGGUGACAAAGUUCCUGCUGAUAUUCGCCUCACUUCCAUCAAAUCCACCACACUGAGAGUGGACCAGUCCAUUCUAACAGGAGAGUCUGUAUCGGUCAUUAAGCACACGGACCCUGUCCCUGACCCACGCGCCGUUAACCAGGACAAGAAGAACAUGCUGUUCUCUGGUACCAACAUCGCUGCGGGCAAGGCCGUCGGCGUGGUGGUGGCCACGGGCGUGAACACCGAAAUCGGCAAGAUCCGCGACGAGAUGGCUUCCACCGAGCAGGAGCGCACACCCCUGCAGCAGAAGCUGGACGAAUUCGGCGAGCAGCUCUCCAAGGUCAUCUCCCUCAUCUGCAUCGCCGUGUGGAUAAUCAACAUCGGGCAUUUCAACGACCCGGUGCACGGCGGCUCCUGGAUCCGCGGAGCCGUCUACUACUUCAAAAUCGCCGUGGCGCUGGCCGUGGCCGCUAUUCCGGAGGGACUGCCGGCCGUCAUCACCACUUGCUUGGCACUGGGCACUCGCCGCAUGGCCAAGAAGAACGCCAUCGUGCGCUCCCUGCCCUCUGUGGAGACGCUCGGCUGCACGUCGGUCAUCUGCUCUGACAAGACCGGGACCCUCACCACCAACCAGAUGUCUGUGUGCAGGAUGGUCAUCCUUGACCAGGUUGAUGGAGACAGCUGCUCACUUAAAGAGUUCACCGUCACAGGAUCUACAUACGCCCCUGAAGGACAAGUGUUCCAUGAAGGUAAACCAGUCAAAUGCUCCAAAUAUGACGGACUGGUCGAGCUAGCCACAAUCUGUGCGCUGUGCAAUGACUCCUCUCUAGAUUACAAUGAGGCUAAAGCGGUGUACGAAAAGGUCGGAGAGGCAACAGAAACCGCCCUCACGUGCCUGGUAGAGAAGAUGAACGUGUUCGACAAUGAUCUUAAACGCCUGUCCAAGAUCGAACGUGCCAAUGCCUGCAACUCUGUAAUUAAGCAGCUGAUGAAGAAAGAGGUCACUCUGGAGUUCUCACGGGACAGAAAGUCCAUGUCUGUGUACUGCACCCCUAACAAAGCACGCUCGGCCAUCGGCAAGAUGUUCGUCAAGGGUGCCCCAGAAGGAGUGAUCGACAGGUGUACCCACAUCCGUGUGGGCAGUAACAAGGUCCCCAUGACUGCAGGCAUUAAAGACAAGAUCCUGUCGGUGAUCCGUGAGUACGGGACCGGACGGGACACCCUGCGCUGCCUGGCACUGGCCACUCGGGACAAUCCAGUCAGCAGGAACGAGCUUGUGCUGGAGGACUCGUCUCGCUUUGUGGAGUAUGAGACUGAUUUGACAUUCGUGGGCUGCGUCGGCAUGCUGGACCCUCCAAGAGCCGAAGUGGCCGCCUCCAUCAAGCUGUGUCGCCUGGCUGGCAUCCGGGUCAUCAUGAUCACCGGCGACAACAAGGGUACAGCCGUGGCCAUCUGCAGACGCAUUGGCAUCUUCAACGAGAAGGACGACGUGUCACGCAUGGCCUUUACGGGCCGCGAGUUCGACGACCUGUCGCCUGCUGCCCAGCGUGAAGCUGUGCUCAGUGCCCGCUGCUUCGCUCGUGUCGAGCCCUCUCACAAGUCCAAGAUCGUGGAGUACCUGCAGUCUUACGAUGAGAUCACUGCCAUGACCGGUGAUGGUGUGAAUGACGCCCCCGCGCUAAAGAAGGCCGAGAUCGGCAUCGCUAUGGGUUCUGGCACUGCUGUGGCAAAGACGGCGUCCGAGAUGGUACUUGCGGAUGAUAACUUCGCCACCAUCGUCGCAGCCGUGGAGGAGGGCCGAGCAAUCUACAACAACAUGAAGCAGUUUAUUCGCUACCUCAUUUCCUCCAACGUGGGAGAGGUGGUCUGCAUUUUCCUGACAGCGGCCCUGGGUUUCCCUGAGGCUCUGAUCCCGGUGCAGCUGCUGUGGGUUAAUCUAGUGACGGACGGACUCCCCGCCACCGCUCUCGGCUUCAACCCCCCUGAUCUAGACAUCAUGAGCAAGCCACCCCGCAAUGCCAAGGAACCCCUUAUCUCCGGCUGGCUCUUCUUCAGAUACCUGGCCAUCGGCUGCUACGUCGGUGCUGCCACAGUUGGUGCUGCAGCUUGGUGGUUCGUGGCUGCUGAAGAUGGGCCAAGAGUCAACUUUUACCAUCUGAGCCACUUCCUCCAGUGUGGACCGGAGAACCCCGAGUUCAAGAACGUUAACUGUGAGGUGUUUGAGUCUCCAUACCCCAUGACCAUGGCCCUGUCUGUUCUGGUCACUAUUGAGAUGUGCAACGCCCUCAACAGUGUGUCGGAGAACCAGUCUUUGCUGCGCAUGCCCCCCUGGGAGAACGUGUGGUUGCUGGGAGCCAUCUGCCUCUCCAUGUCUCUUCACUUCCUCAUCCUUUAUGUGGAGCCUCUCCCGAUGAUAUUUCAGAUCACGCCUCUGAACAUGACGCAGUGGCUGAUGGUGCUGAAGAUCUCCCUCCCAGUCAUCCUGCUGGACGAGUUGCUGAAGUUCGCUGCCAGGAUUUACCUCGACCCCGGUAACGAUCUGGACGCGCCGACGGCUAACUCGUGCUCGCUCAUCUCCUGGACCAAGGGCAUCUCCUGGCCUUUCGUGGCCAUCUCACUCCCCCUGGUGCUCUGGAUCUACAGCAUCGACACUAACCUGGCUGAAAUGUUCUGGUCCUGACUCACCUACGCACAAAUCACCCCCACCUUACCCUGUGUGUAGAUAGAAAGAAUGUACGUGCGUGUGUGUGUGUGCGUGGACGCGUGUGGUGUGCCUGUGCACCUCGGGACGUGCACGAGGAGGAACACGAACAUAAUAAUAUAACGAUGUUCUUUUUAGCGGGUGUGGAGGGGACCAUGUAAAGCUGAAGUCUUUAAGUAUUAGUCACCAUGAUGAUGUGGAACGUUUGCUGGAUUUGUCUUAAACAGUCUGUUUGUUUUUGCCUUUUGUAAUUUUUUUUAAAGAUCUGAACACACUUUUAUUUUUAUUUUUUUGCUUGGUUUUGUUUUUAAGUAUGUGAACACAUCAUUUGUCAUUUCAAUUACAAAGCAUGAAUACUUUAUGCUAAAAUCCUUUUUUUUGUUCCACUGAGUGCAUAAAAAAGGUGUAAAUGUACCAAGUUUGAACACUAUUUUAUAUUAUGAUUUUUUUUGGUCCACCUUAACUGAAAUGUCAAAGUGGCAAGGAUCAAGUCUAGGCAAUUUAAACUACACUGAAUUAUUUUCCCUUCGGUAUAAGUCGGUUCACCCAUCGUCGAUCUGAAUCACAAAUAUGAGCAGGCGUGUGGCAAAUUUAGAGCGAAUAAUUAUCCAAUAGCUAUUUAACAUUUUUCCUAGGGGUUAAACUGGGUUGAGAUUCUAACACGAUGUUUUCCACACUUACGUUCAUCUAUAGAUCCCCUGUGUCUUGUGAAGAGGGUCCAUUGUCAUACUUAAAAAGACCACUACCACUACAAUGGAAGUGCUCACAUUCUGUGACUUUAAAUUCCAGUACAGAAGUGACCCAAACUCUAGCAGCAACAUAUUAACCGUAGAAGUUUUUAGACAUCCUUACAGAACAGGUUAAGCAUUCACUCCUGCACCGUUCUCUUGGUGUAUACAUGUAGUGAACGAUCUUAAUCUCUGUAUACAAGUGCUUAUGACUUUUGCGCAGCUGAAUUUAAAUUCUAUGGGAAAACUUUAACUGUUUACCACCGAGUUGCCCAGCUGCCUAAAUGUUGCCAGUGCGACGAGGAAAAGCGUUUACUCGUGCUUUCUACUUCCUUUAGUUCGAUUGGAUCGGCAGGUUGGCGCAGGACCAUUCCGAGGGCGGGUGCGAGCGCGUGUUCGAAUGCGACCGAAUCAUAAUCCAAAAAAACGGAGGCUGCAUGUUGUCCUGCAUGCGUUGCGUGUGUACCUUCAUCGACCUGUCUGUCUUCCUCUUGUAGAAUAACCUCUCUUGUGUUUUUUUAAUAAUUAUUAAAGCCAGUUUUUCUGCACUUGGCAGAGCACAGCUACCUCAACACAGUCCGAUUCGUUUGUCGCCCCACUAAGCUUUACACACAGCCUGUAUGCUUUGAGGUGUGCCCCUCUUGGCUUGUGCAGAAAAAAAUCCCAUCCCUGAUUUUGUUUUUUUUACUUUUUUUUAAUGUUUUUAUCUCAUAAUUAAUGUCUUGUAUUGACGUGUAUUAACUUAAUUUAGGUUUAAGAACAAGGUUGGGAGAGUCGCAGAUGUAAUAAUUGUUGCCAUCAAUAAAAUACGGAGAUUAAAGGAAUAACACCUUAGGUUUAAACGUUGCAUAGUAGUGCAUUAAUUUUAUGAUUCAAAACCAAAUGUUUUUUUUUUCCUACUUAAAAUACACUCAUGGACCAUUUAAACUAAA